AUGGCAAAUCAAACACGUUUUUUUCAUCAAAGUGAAUCCAUUAAAAUCGCGUAUCAGAUACUCGACAAUGGCAACCAAGAAACCAAAAAUCAAAUACCAUUGAUUAUGAUAAUGGGAUUAAACGGAUUAAAAGAGGACUUUUCGCCUUUAUCAGAUGAAUUGGCUAGAAAUAGACAAGUUCUUAUAUUCGAUAAUCCCGGAAUCGGUGAAUCGCAACAACCCAUUGAGACUUCAAUGACUAUAGAGGAUUUAGCAAAAGUGGUGUUUAUGCUAGCGGGUUACGUUAAAUGGAAACGAUUUUGUCUUUUAGGGUACUCGAUGGGUGGAAUGGUUGCACUUACAGCGGCAUUAAACACUUCACCAGGAUUUAAAAUCGAAAAGUUGGUGCUUUGCUCAACAACCUCAAAAACAAUUUUCAGCGAGUACAUCGAAGGUCUGAAAAGUUUCGAUAAACAGAGUUUCACACCCGAGCAAAAGAAGAAAUUCGUAUUAAAAAUGUUAGAAAUCAAUUUCGCAAAAGAAUGGAUUGAAGCAAACCCAAGUGUUUAUGCUCAAAUAGUUGAAAGUGAAAUGAAGUCGACGAAUCGCAAAAGUCCUGCCGUGAUUGUUAAACAAACACAAGCAAUAGAUAAAUUUGAUGCUGAAUCGGAAAUAAAUGAUAUUCUGAUUCCGACUCUUAUUCUUCAUGGUGAUAAAGACAACCUUAUUCCAAUUUAUAACGGAGAAGCAAUUCAUCGUAGAAUGUCUAAUUCUAAAUUUGUUGCAUUGGAAAAUGUUGGACAUUUGUUUUAUAUAGAGCAUCCAGGUUCAGCUAAAAUUAUUGGUGCAUUCCUGGCGUCGGAAGAUUGA